UUAGUAGACAUACUUUUAUCAUUUAGUAGACAUACAUAUAUCACAUGUUAAUGACAAACAUUAAUAUUAAUUUAGUUUAGAAGCUAUCGUCUUGUGAUAGAUAAAAAAUAUUACGCCUCGGUUUUAAUUUAUUGUUCAGAAUUUCUUAGAUGCAUAUUUCACGUCGAUCGUACGAUAAAUAUGUUAUAUUUGUGAAACUAUACUCUUAAUUUUCCCGCCACAUAUACGACUAGUGUCGUAUAUAGAAUUAUAUGUUAGUUAAAACAAGUAUACGUGGAAUAAUAACUAAAACGUCAGUUUACUUUAAUACGCUCAAAAAUAUUCAAAGCUAUUCUGCUGUGAUGUCUAAAUUUGAAUUACCAAGUCGUUUCAAGGACAAUGAUAAAUCUGUGUGGGUGGAAUAUAUCCAACUCGCGCUAAAAUAUAAACCAUUAAACUUAGGUCAAGGUUUUCCAGAUUUUCAUGCCCCUGAAAGUAUUACAAAAGCUUUAGCUGCUACUGCAAAUAAUGAAAAUCCUCUUCUUCAGCAAUACACACGAAGUUUUGGACAUCCAAGAUUAGUAAAUGCAAUUGCAAAGUUAUAUUCUAAACUUUUAAAGCGUAAUUUGGAUCCAAAUAAUGAAGUUAUUGUUACUGUUGGAGCUUAUGAAGCAUUAUAUAUUGCAUUACAAGGUCAUACAAGUCCAGGAGAUGAGUGGAUUAUAAUUGAACCAUUUUAUGAUUGUUAUGUUCCAAUAGUUCGUAUCGUAGGUGGUAUUCCUAGAUUCAUACCCUUGAAACCGAAAAAUACUAGUGGCCCACUUACUUCUGCCGAUUGGACAUUUGAUAAGAAAGAAUUGGAAGAACUCUUCAAUGAAAAAACAAAAGGAAUUGUAAUCAAUACACCAAACAAUCCUAUUGGAAAGGUAUAUACAUUGGAUGAAUUACAAUUUAUAGCAGAUCUUGCCAAGAAGUGGAAUACCCUUGUUAUCUCGGAUGAAGUAUAUGAAUGGAUCAUUUAUGAAUCAAAUCAACAUAUUAGAAUAGCAACAUUACCUGACAUGUUUGAACGUACCAUUACUAUUGGAUCUGCGGGUAAAUCAUUUAGCGUCACUGGUUGGAAAAUAGGUUGGGCAUAUGGACCAGCAAAUUUAUUAUACAACUUACAAGUUGUACAUCAAAAUGUGGUUUAUACUUGCUCCACACCACUUCAAGAGGCUGUAGCACUUGGGUUUGAAGAAGAGAUGGAGAAAUUUGAUCAACCCAGCUGUUAUUUCUUUAGUUUACCUAAAGAAUUAAUACCAAAACGAGACUAUAUGGCAAAAUUUCUUAGGGAAGUGGGCAUGUCACCUAUUAUUCCGGAAGGAGGUUACUUUAUGAUAGCAGAUUGGACACCUUUAGAGAAAAAAACUAAAUUGGAAGAAGAAACAGAUGCUAAUAAAGAUUAUAGAUUUACAAAAUGGAUGACUAAGAAUGUUGGAGUUCAAGGUAUUCCUGUGUCUGCUUUUUAUUCGGCAGAGCAUAAACAUUUAGCGGAGAACUUUGUACGAUACUGUUUCAUAAAGAAAGAUGAAAACUUGCAAAAUGCUGCGAAAAUUUUGAUGAAAUGGAAAUCAUAACAGUGAUAACAGGGUGUUUCGUUUUAUAAAUGAUUUUUUAUGCUACGAAAUAAAUUGAAAAAUAUUUGAUAAUAUAUUUGAUUAUAUAUGUA